AUGAGCGCAGACCAAGCAGGCCGCGCCCCAGGCGACGCUGAAGAGACCAGCUACAAGGACAGCCACGAUUACAUCCAGUUCAAGGAGCACCCCAUUGAAGGACAACUCAACCGUUGGUCGCACACAAUCACGAGGGAACAUGACUUUCCCGGCGCACAGGCCAUGCUGUACGGCGCUGGCGUGCCGAACAAGGAGAUGAUGAAGAAGGCGCCGCAUGUUGGUAUUGCAACAGUGUGGUGGGAGGGCAAUCCUUGCAAAGAACGACUCAUAGAGAUGAAUAUGAACGCUGACAGAGGAAUAGUGCUUGAUUUCGGCAAGAUUGUGAAAAAGGCUGUUGAGAAGCAGGGCAUGCUCGGCUGGCAGUUCAACACCGUCGGCGUGUCAGACGCCAUCACCAUGGGAGGAGAAGGCAUGCGCUUCUCCCUCCAGACUCGCGAAAUCAUUGCCGACAGUAUCGAAUCGGUGACUUGCGCACAGCACCACGACGCCAACAUCUCUAUUCCGGGUUGCGAUAAGAACAUGCCGGGUACGAUCAUGGCCGCCGCGCGUCACAACCGCCCCUUUAUCAUGAUUUACGGCGGUACCAUCAUGAAGGGUCACUCGGACCUUCUGGAGAAGCCCAUCAACAUCAGCACUUGCUACGAGGCCCGCGGUGCUUUCACAUACGACCGCCUCCACGCAAAGACCAACCCCGGCACGGAAGGCCGCACCCCGUCCGACGUCCUCGACGAUAUUGAGCAGCACGCUUGCCCCGGCGCCGGUGCUUGCGGAGGUAUGUACACGGCAAACACCAUGGCGACUGCGAUUGAGGCAAUGGGUCUGUCUCUCCCUGGAUCUUCAUCAUACCCGGCUCUGUCCCCGGAAAAGGCCCGCGAGUGCGAGCGCGCCGCUACCACUAUCAAGAUCACCAUGGAGAAGGACCUCCGCCCUCGCAAGCUCAUGACCCGAGCCGCCUUUGAGAACGCUCUAGUGCUCACCAUGAUCCUCGGCGGUUCCACCAACGGUGUUCUCCACUUCCUCGCCAUGGCCAACACGGCCGAUGUGCCCCUGACGAUCGACGACAUCGACCGCACCAGCAACCGUAUUCCCUUCCUGGCCGACCUUGCCCCGUCAGGAAAGUACUACAUGGAGGAUCUCUACAAAGUAGGCGGCACGCCCUCCGUUCUAAAGAUGCUCGUCGCAGCCAACCUCAUCGAUGGCUCCAUCAUGACGGUGACGGGCCGCACCCUCGCCGAAAACGUCGCAGACUGGCCCUCCCUCGACCCGAACCAGAAGAUCAUUCGUCCGCUCUCGAAUCCGAUCAAAGCGACGGGCCACAUCCGCAUCCUCCGCGGAAACCUCGCUCCCGAAGGCGCUGUCGCCAAAAUCACCGGCAAGGAAGGCCUCACCUUCACGGGCAAGGCCCGCGUCUUCGACAAGGAGCACGAGCUCGACGUUGCGCUGUCGGCGGGCUCCAUCCGCCGAGAGGACGGCAACCUCGUUCUCAUUGUCCGGUACGAGGGUCCCAAAGGCGGACCAGGCAUGCCGGAGCAGCUCCGCGCCAGCGCGGCGAUCAUGGGUGCCGGGCUGGAUAACGUGGCGCUCGUGACGGAUGGAAGGUACAGCGGUGCGUCCCACGGCUUCAUCAUCGGCCACGUUUGUCCCGAGGCGGCGGUCGGCGGGCCGCUUGCGCUUGUGAAGAAUGGAGAUACGGUUACCAUCAACGGUGAGACGAAUCGCAUCGACGCUGUUGAUGUUGACGAGGCGGAGAUGGAGAGGCGGAAGAAGGAGUGGAAGGCUCCCUUGCCGCAUGUGAGGAGAGGUGCUUUGGGCAAGUAUGCGAGGUUGGUGGGUGAUGCUAGUCAUGGAGCCGUCACGGACGCGGCGGAUCCGUCGUGGUAG